AUGCUUUGUCCUGGUGGUAGUGGUAGUAAGGUUAAUGUUGCUAGUAAAAAAUUCAAAUCAUCAUCUGAAUCUGAACCAGUUGACUUACCAAAUAGUGUUGGAAUGGGUAUUGAUAUUAGUACAGGUGCUUUAUUAUUAUCAGUAUUAAAAUUAUCUAAGGGUAUUCAAUUCACCUACAAUUUUAGACGCCUAAAAAACAGCUGUAAAUUAAUGAGAGAAAAUAGCAUUUGA